AUGGAGGCGGAUAUCCUAUCGCAGGACGCUAUUCAAUAUGACGAGAGCUUCAACGUUUACCCUCCGACCAAUUUUCGGAUGAGCGCACCAUCAGACUUGCUGCCCAGUAAUGAUGUUGAUACGCCAGAGCGGUUUCCUGAGACGUCUUUGAUCACAUCUCCUGAGAGAAGCGCCGAUGAACAUCACACAUCGCCUAACAUCCUUCACCACUCGCAUACGACCUAUGUGGACCCCCUUCAGACCUUGGAUGAUUCUUUGAAUCCUCAGCCUCUGUAG